AUGAGAUCCCAUGGGUUAUUACUACUAUUAUUCUCAGUUAUAACACUUGUAUCCGCUGGACAUCCAUAUCAAUAUACACCAUUAGAUAUUGCGCAAUAUUCUUGUGAUGCUUGGAUCACCAAUCAUAAUCCAGUUUGUUUAGCACCUACAGAAUGGGGUGGUCAUAAUUAUGAUUGUUAUUGUAAUUCAAAUCCUGCAUUUGCCACUAUAAUGGAUUGUUUUAUUAAUGGAUAUGGUAAUAAUUCAAAGAUAAUUAAUGAAUUUGCACAAAUGUGUAAUAUGACUUUUGAUUCAAUGUAUAUUAAAUAUCAACUUGCUUUGAAUUUUAAUUCUACUUUAUUUAGAAACUUUUCCCUUGGUGGAAUAGCUAAAAGAUGGGGGAAAUUAACUGAAGAUCAACUUGUUAAAACUCCAAUUUUAUAUAAUUAUAAUAAUGGAUCAUUUGGAAUAUAUCGUGAAUCAUAUGAUGUUUUUUAUCAAAAUACUAAUCGUUCUAUCCUUUAUGGUGGGAUUUUAUUGGCUUACUGGGUAGCUAUUCUAUUCUUUGCAAUCAUAAUUAACCUCGUCUUGAAAAUGUACUUGGGUUGUAUGAUUAAUGCAUUCAUUGGAAAUUUUAUCAAUGGUUAUAGAAAAACUAUUGGGUUACCAGCAACUUUUAGUCAAUCUAAAUCAAAAGAAUUUCUGUUUCUUGGGGGAUUUAUAAGUGGAUUGAUUCCUUCAAGAUUAGAAUCUUUGAUAAUUACUGGAUUUUUAAUUAUGACUACUGUUUUAUCUGGUAUUAAUAUUUAUCAUGUUCCUGGAAAUCCUAAAGAUCCAACUAUUCAUCAAGAAUUAUCAGGAUUAAUUGCUACAAGAACAGGUAUUUUAGUUGGUUAUUUAGUUCCAUUAUUGAUUUUAUUUUCUGGUAGAAAUAAUUUUUUGCAGUGGUUAACUGGAUGGAAAUUUUCCACAUUUAUGAUGUAUCAUAGAUGGAUAUCAAGAGUUGUUAUUGCUUUGGUAUUUACCCAUGGUGUAACUUAUUCCAUAUAUGAUAAAGCUAAUGGCACUUAUGCAAACAAUAUGAAAACCACCAAUGUCAUUUGGGGUAUUGUUGCUUGUGUUUGUGGUGGGUUUAUAUUUUUCUUUGGAAUGUUAUAUUUUAGAAGAAAAGCAUAUGAAUUUUUCUACGUUAGUCAUAUCUUGUUGGUUAUAUUUUUCAUUGUUGGUGCCGUUUAUCAUCUUAAACCAUUAUCAUACGAUGAUUACUAUUGGGCAGCAAUUGCUGUUUGGGUAUUUGAUCGUGCUCUAAGAUUAUUAAAAUUAUUUUCAUUUGGUAUUAAAACUGCUAAACUUGAAUUAUUAGCUGAUGAAACAAUUAGAGUAACCAUUCCAAAACCAAGAACUUGGAAACCAAGACCAGGUGGUCAUGUAUUUAUCCAUUUCCUUACCCCAACUCAUUUUUGGCAAUCACACCCAUUUUCAAUUGGUUUAUGUCAAGAAGGUUCCAUUACUCUUUAUUGUAAAGUUAAAGGGGGUAUUACUCUUUCCAUGUAUGAAAGAUUAUCAAACAUGCCUAAUAGAACUUCAUCAAUUAAAGUUGCUGUUGAAGGUCCAUAUGGUGAACACAGUCCAGGUCAUAGAUGUCGUAAUUUGGUUUAUGUUGCUGGUGGCAAUGGUAUUCCUGGACUUUAUUCAGAAUGUGUGGAUCUUGAUAAAAAAGCUCCAGAGAAUAAGACUAUUAAAUUGGUUUGGGUUAUUCGUAAUUGGAAAUCUGUUUCUUGGUUUGUUGAUGAAUUGAAAAGAUUGCAUGGUACAAGAAUUCAAACUACUGUAUUUGUUACUCGGCCUGAUGAUUUAAGUGGAUUGGAAUAUUUUAAUAAAAGAGGAGGUUCCAAUAAGAAAUCUCAUAAUCCAUAUGAAUAUGAAAAGGAAUAUCUUGAAAAGAUUGACACAAAAUCAGUUGAUUUAUCUAUUUAUUCAUAUCCUAAUUCAAUCAUUGAGAAUUUGCGUGCAGAAUUACCUAACGUUGAAUUUGUUGAAGGUAAACCAUCUAUGGAUGCUCUUGUUGAAUAUGAAACUAGUGUUGCGGAUAUGUCAAUUGCAUUUAUUACUUGCGGAAAUCCAGCAAUGGUUGAUGAAUUAAGACUUGCAGUUACUCAAAACUUACAUAAUACUAAACACAGAGUUGAUUUCUUUGAACAAUUGCAAGCCUGGUCGUGA